AUGGCCUCCCAAGUAAUCAACCAAGUCAUACCGGGCUUCAGCCUCACAAACCGCUGGCUCCUCUACACCAGCAUCAUGCUCACUCCCGCCCAGGCGCUCUCUGGCGUCGGCAGCCACUGCCCCAGCAACCUCGGUUUCCUCGCCUUCAACUGGUACCAGCAAUACAGCUGGUACAUGGCCGCCAAAUCACGCGAACUACACGCGCUAUCCCUCCUUCCCGUGCACCUCAACCUGGUCUACGCCAUCACUUAUCUCGGAGGGAUUACAGCCGGGAAUGCAUUCAUAGGCGUACCUUUAGGGCUGGGAACGGCGGGGCUGAUGAUCCUCAACACCGUAACUGCAUGGAUCAGUCUCAAGACGAACCUACCUGAAGGAGACGGGGUGUACCAGUUCUUCUUUUUCGGAUGGAGGACACUGUCGAAGGGUUGGCGGAUUUUCUUCCUCUUAUGGCAGAUAAACGAUACGUUGGUCGUGGCCGCCUCAGUCUUCAUCGGCAUCAUCUGGGGAGUGAUUAUCUCAUUCGAUCCCGAGACGAUCUUCAGUAUUCAAAGUCGCGACUUCCUUUUGUGGAGGGAAACAGCAAUCCUGUGGGGUCCACCUACCAUGUUGCUGUUUACGUGGCCGCUGGUGCUCUGGAUGGAGCUGAUCGUGCAGAAGAAUAAUAUUGUUUCGGAGACGGAUAUGGUGUCGGUUUGGCUGUUCAUUGCACAGGUGGCAACGAUGGUGUGGCCGAGUUUGGUGAACUUGGUUGGGGCGAUCUGGUGGUGUGGAAAAAGGAAAGCGGGGGAUGAGGAGGAGGGCGCUGUGAUCCCGAUGGCGGAGAAAUCCAUAAAUCAAGUGUAA